AUGGAUCUGCUUCCUAGAGCCCCAACAAAGAUGACAGUGCAAGAUGUUCCUCGUGCCUUUCCCACAGUGGAUGUCCCAGAUCAUGCCCAUUAUACAAUUGGAGUUGUCAUCCUUAUAGUGGGGAUUACAGGAACUCUGGGUAAUUUCCUGGUCUUCUAUGCUUUCUGCAGGAGUAGGAGCCUUCAGACUCCAGCCAACAUACUCAUCAUCAAUCUAGCUAUUAGUGACUUCCUGAUGUCCAUUACACAGUCUCCAGUUUUUUUCACCAGCAGCCUCUACAAACACUGGAUUUUUGGUGAGAAAGGCUGUGAGCUGUAUGCCUUCUGCGGAGCUCUUUUUGGCAUUACAUCUAUGAUCACUUUGAUGGUGAUUGCCUUGGACAGAUAUUUUGUCAUCACUAAACCUCUCGCUUCUGUUGGAGUGACGUCAAAGAAGAAGGCCCUAAUAAUCCUGGUAGGAGUCUGGCUGUACUCUUUGGCUUGGAGUCUCCCACCCUUCUUUGGAUGGAGUGCAUAUGUUCCUGAGGGUUUGCUGACUUCCUGCUCCUGGGACUACAUGACUUUCACACCAUCAGUCCGUGCCUACACGAUGCUGCUUUUCUGCUUUGUCUUUUUCAUUCCUUUGAUUGCUAUCAUAUACAGCUAUGUCUCUAUCUUUGAGGCUAUCAAGAAGGCCAACAAAUCUAUUCAGACAUUUGGAUGCAAACGUGGGAAUAGAGAGUUCCAGAAACAGUAUCAGAGGAUGAAAAAUGAGUGGAAGAUGGCCAAAAUUGCACUGAUCGUCAUCUUGUUUUUUGUCAUUUCCUGGUCACCAUACUCUGUUGUUGCUCUGGUAGCUUUUGCUGGGUAUUCCCACGUCCUAACACCCUUCAUGAACUCCAUACCAGCUGUGAUUGCCAAAGCUUCUGUCAUCCAUAACCCCAUCAUUUAUGCCAUCACUCAUCCCAAAUACAGAAGAGCCAUUGCAACAUAUGUUCCUUGCCUUGGACCCCUACUGAGAGUUUCUCCUAAAGACUCACGGUCCUCCAGCAGUUACCACUCCUCCAGACGAGCGACUGUAACCAGCCAGUCUUCUGAGACAAGUGGGCUGCAGAAAGGAAAAAGGAGACUGUCUUCUCUCUCUGACAGUGAAUCAGGCUGUACUGAAACAGAAACUGAUACUCCCAGUAUGUUCUCCAGACUUGCCAGAAGACAAAUUUCCUACGAAACAGAUAAAGACACAACUCAGAAUAGUGACAUAAGAGCCAAACUGACAAGCCAGGAUUCUGGGAAUUGUGGGAAGACAGCUGUAGAUGCUGAUGACAUAUUGAUGGUGGAACUGAAUGCCACAGAGUACAUGACUACACCUACUCAAACAUCUAAAACAUGCAGCUUGGAGGAAAUCAAGAAAAGGGUGAGCCUGAAAAGUAUUGGACAAAGAAAAGGAGAGUCUCACCAGGUACCAUCUUCAGUCAAGAUACCCAGUAUUACAAUAACAUGCAGCAGUGUCCAAGGAGCAGAGCUGCCUUCUACAUACAACUCUGGUUUCCUGCACCCUAAAUCCAGCAGUCACAAGCAGAACAAGAAGUCCAGCAGUUAA